CUUGGGGUGUACAGUAGGGCUUUAUGACUGACUAUCUUAAACUACAGACAACCCCAUAUGGGCAUCAGGUGGUCAGAGUAUCUGCAGUACCUUAGGCAUGACACAAGUCUCGCACAAAAGUAGGUGGUGGUAGGCGGCUUGGAUGCUAUGGGACAAGUUCAUGUGGUACGCAGGGUCUGAUGGUUCCGACAGACACUAUGAUUCUGAGAAAAGGCUGUGUUUUGGUCUCGUGUCGGCCAAUUCGAACCCGCACGACAGGGACCGACCUUCUAAAUGGGGUUGUGGUUACCUACACUACUCACACUCCGGGGCAUCUGCGGCUACCCAAUUCUUGCGCCGAGACGGGCCUGUAAUUGUUUACAUCUCGAACCCCAACCGGCCGCCAGCUCAUCUUGUUCCAGGCCCAGUCUCUCAGGCCGUCUGGCAAGCGUACGACUCGCAGCCCUUCUCCCAGACGGUCGAGGUGACAGUGGCAACCUGGACAUCCACGGACGUGACCGUUACCGGCUGUGUCACCGUGGUUUGAUAGACUGUCGACCCCGGCUUCGUGUCGGUAAAGGUAUUCGUGACGAAGUACACAUUGGUCGUGGUGGACACAUGGCCGAUCUCGCUCGUCCACGUCGUGGCAUAGCUGUCGCAGGGAAAGAGUUAGUGAGGUUGGCUCCGGUCAGGACAACUUGAACCUCGUUUUUUGUGAAUGCAGUGA